UCGGCGGCUUCCCGGGGAGGGGCAGAGAGGCUCCACUCUUGCCUCUGCCCCCGCAGCGCCGCGAUGGACGAUCCCGUUGAGUCGUCCCCGGAGAAGGCCGGAGAGGGCUCCGCGUCGGACGAGGUGCCCGUCGCUGCCACCGCCGCCACCCCUGAGCCGGUCCCGGGAGCGGCCCAGCUGCCCGACGCGGCUCCGGAGGACACAGACGGCGAGGAGAACGGGGACUCGAAGGAGGCUUCGGCCGAAGACGCCGAGCUCAAGGGCCAGGAAGCUUCGGAUUUCACUGGGCCUGGACGGGAGGACUCGUUACUUGCUCCUGCAGCCAAGAAGCUGAAGAUCGAAACGAAAGAGAGGAAAGAGAAAGAGCACAAAGUAGAUGAAGACGAAAUCCAGAAGAUGCAGAUCCUGGUUUCUUCCUUUUCUGAGGAGCAGCUGAACCGUUACGAAAUGUACCGUCGGUCAGCCUUCCCCAAGGCCGCCAUCAAACGGCUGAUCCAGUCCAUCACCGGCACCUCGGUGUCUCAGAAUGUCGUCAUCGCCAUGUCGGGCAUUUCCAAGGUCUUCGUCGGGGAAGUGGUCGAAGAAGCUUUGGAUGUGUGUGAGAAGUGGGGAGAGCUGCCCCCCCUGCAGCCCAAGCACAUGCGGGAGGCCGUGAGAAGGCUGAAGUCGAGGGGGCAGAUUCCCAACUCAAAGCACAAAAAAAUCAUCUUUCACUAGGUCCGGGGAACUUUCUAAGCUGUACUAUCGAAAACGGAAGAAAUGACUUCCAUAUUUCCUCCCUCGGAGGCGUUGGCUACUGUUGCCCAGCUGUCCCACCCCCCUCGGUGAUGGAACCUCUGCCCCCAAAUCUUGGAGAUCAAAGUUACCCGGUAGAGAAGCAGCAGGCGCAUCCAGAUUUGCCUUCCAUCCAUGUAGGACCAUUUAGUUCAGGUUAUGAUUGAUAACUCUUACUUUGCUAACUGAAAAGGGGACAUGUCCUUAUUUAUAGACUCCUUGUACAGAUCGUCAGAGUACUGUUUUCAAAUGGGUGAAAUUCUUCUGAGGAGCAGUCUUCUUGAUUAAUCUCAACAGUACCUUAUUUUGCAAGUUUCACAUUGGGACCCUAAACUGCUACUGUCAGGGCCUCCUGUCUGGUUUGAAGUUGCUAACAUGCCAGAAAUUUGUAACUUGUUAAAUUUGACGGUUUAGUUUACUAUGUUAGCAAAUGCUGAAAUGAUAGAAUAGUUUUAUUCCCUUGUAAAAACUGAACAUCAUCAUGUGGUUUUUGGUGUCUGAUCAUUAAACUGUUUUUUAUUUAA